AUGAAAGUUUCUGAAAAUCCCGAUAUGACUAUUAGCAGCUCUGAGUAUUCUUGGAAUGCAGCUAUCGAGGCGUUCGAAUCAGAAUGCGAACCAGACUUUUUAAAUGAUCCUGUAUUUAUCUGUGAGUACGAUCAGGAAUUUAUUGAGUUUGUUGAAAAUUCCGAAAAAGGACGUUCGUUUGUCGUGAUCAAUGAUCUAGCUAUUAUUACGCACAACACCACCAAGGUGCAUACAUUUAUACAGAAAGUGCUUGGCACGGAAAUUUGUGGCGCUGCAACAAAAAACGCCAAUCUUUCACCCAUGGCUUUUCAAUGCGAUUAUAUCCUCUGCUGCAAUGCCUAUACUUGCGGAUCCAUUCAGCAAAAGUAUUAUGAUGGCGGAGUCUAUAUCAAAUAUGAUUGGAAUUUGAGCACAAAAAAGAAUCCCGAAGUUGUAUUUGAGGUGGCUUUUACACAUGAGCCAUUCGAUGUGCUUUUCUAUGAAUGUUGCCACUUUCUGACUAGAUACGUCUCAGAUACUAUCUACUCUAUUGGGAUCUAUAUUCGCCCGUCUACUACUACUUUUGAAAUGAGAUUCUUCGUUCUUCAAAGAAUUUGUCCUUAUAAUGCGAGCGAUGCUCUCUACAUCGGUAAUUUGUACAUACGUCGCAAAAAGGAUCCUAAUCUGUGUUUAUCUACUUGGAUAAAAAUCCCGAAUCGUCUGACGAGGCCAUUUUGUGCCAAAUUCUUUAACACAAAUCUUUGCUACUCGCGACUUUUAACUCAUGCCGAUAUCCUCAACGGAGCGUUCAUUAUAUUUCGCUUAGAUGACCUCGUAUUAGAUCAAAAAAUAGAAUUUUCGAAUGAGAUGCUUCUGGCAUUGUAUGGACUAUGGGACGAAUGGAGAGGAAACCAAUAA